AUGUCAAUCAGUUCCGUGACCGGCCUCAUGUCAAGUUAUAUGCCCCUCUCCGAUCGCAGUCCUUCGGAUGAAAAGGACCCUUCACAACUUCGACCCGAUGUCGAGGCCGGUAAAACCACAACCCGCGAUGACUCGGAGCGAAAACCUUCGCGCUUCAUCGACGGUCGCACCGUGUCCGAUGCCAUCAUCGGUCUUUCCGAUGGCAUGACGGUGCCUUUCGCCCUAACGGCUGGAUUGUCGGCACUGGGCGAUACCAAAAUUGUUGUUUUCGGUGGACUCGCAGAACUCAUCGCAGGAGCUAUAUCGAUGGGACUCGGUGGGUAUCUAGGUGCGAAAAGCGAGGAGGAGUCAUACAAAGCUACAUUGAAAGAAACAAAGACGCAGACCAUGACAGAUCCCGCCUCUGUGUCAGACACCAUCUCCGACAUCUUCGAGCCCUAUGACUUGCCUUCUGAACUCGUCGCACAACUCAAAAACCAUCUCUCCGAUUCUCCUAUGCUUCCAUCUUUUCUCAUGAACUUCCAUCACACUCUGCCCGAACCGUCAGGCUCGAGGGCUAUCGUUUGUGCUUUUACAAUUGCCCUGGGAUACUUCCUCGGUGGAUUCAUUCCUCUCAUCCCAUACUUUUUCGUCGGACCCAAUGAAGCCUUCAUCGCCCUGCGGUGGUCUAUUGCCACCAUGGUCAUUGCGCUCUUUAUCUUCGGAUAUGUAAAGACAUGCUUUGUCAGUGGCUGGCGUGGUCGUCGAAAUGUCCGUAAGGGUCUCAUUGGAGGUAUACAAAUGGUACUGGUUGGUGGUAUCGCCGCUGGUUCUGCGAUGGGGCUGGUGAAGGGCUUCCAGAUGCUGGCUGGUGGGCCUGAAGACAGCAAGCAUGACUGA